AUGCGCAUUUGUUCUUGGAAUAUUAAUGGUCUUCGUUCAUUGCGACAACCAUUGAGAAAUGUACUUGAACAACUUGAUUCUGAUAUAAUUUGUUUUCAAGAAACAAAAGUCACUCGUCAAGCACUUGCUGAAACAUAUGCUCGAAUAGAUGGUUAUCAUACAUUUUAUAGUUGGUCUCGAUUGCGAGAAGGCUAUUCCGGUGUAGCUAUCUUUUGCAAAACUUCGCUAACACCAAUUCGAGCCGAAGAAGGACUUGCUGGAAAAUUACAUUCAAAUCUUGAUGAUAGUUUAGGUGGCGAAUAUCCAUCGAUGGAUGAGAAUGAUCUUUUAGCUAUUGACAGAGAAGGUCGUGCCAUCAUGACUGAGCAUGAACUCGAAGAUGGUACAAGUCUUGCUCUAAUCAAUGUUUAUUGUCCUCGUGUUGAUAGAGAAAAACCUGAACGAUUAACUUAUAAAUUGAACUUUUUCUCAGCAAUCGAACAACGUGCUAAAUGCUUUUUAGAACGUGGCUGUCGCGUUAUUGUCGUUGGUGAUUUCAACGUAUCUCAUAAACCAAUUGAUACAUGUAAUCCAGGAGACGAUAUUAAUUAUUUUAUUUCUAGUCCAUCUCGUCUUUGGUUUUCAAAAUUUAUUGAGAAUAAUAUUUUUAUUGAUACAUUUCGUUAUUUACAUCCAGAUCAACGUGAAGCUUAUACAUGCUGGGAAACAUUGUCGAAUGCUCGAGUGAAUAAUUACGGUGUACGAAUUGAUUAUAUUUUCUGUGACGGUGCUGUAUCGAAAUCACAUCUUGUUGAUUGUCAACACCGGAUUGAAAUUGAAUCCAGUGAUCAUUGUCCAGUUAUUGGAGAAUUUAAUUUUAUAUUUAGUGAUCGUUCAGCAGCAAAACCACCUUCUAUUUGUACAAAAUUUUGGUCAGAAUUUAAAGGUACGCAAAUGAAAUUAAAUCAAUUUAUGAUUAAAAAGAAACGAAUGCGCGAUGAAGAAAUUGACGUAGAUGGUGAUAAAAAACAACAAACAAAUGAAAUAAAAGUAGCAAGCAAACAGACAGAUGUCGAAGCCGAAACAAGUCUAGCAAAAACUAAUCCACCAAUUGAAGAAGUUAAAGAGACGUCAAUGAUAAUACAACGAAAACCAAUUGUAAAGCCUCCAUUAAAAAAAGUGAAAUCAGAUCAAUCAUCACUUUUUCAACAUUUUAAACGAACUUCUCAACCAAAAAUUGUCGUUUCUCCUCGUCCGUGUGCUUCCGACAAUCCACCAGCUAAAAAUACGGAAGUUAUUAAUUUAUCAAACGAUGAAAUAGCUGAAAAACCAAAGAAAACAGCUACAUGGAAUCAAAUCUUUCGCCCUCCAACUCCACCACCAUUUUGUUCUGGUCAUAAAGAACGUUGUGUCAUACGUCAGGUCAAAGAUACGUCAUCCAAUAAUUGGGGACGAUACUUCUAUGUAUGUUCACGUGCUAAUGGUGCCUCUAACAAUCCUCAAGCUCGAUGUGAUCAUUUUGCAUGGAAAGAAAACAAGAAAAAGACCGUAUCAGACAAUUAA